AUGUCUCAACAGCAAUACGACCAGUAUGACCUCAUCGUCACGAAUGGCAUCCUCGUGACGGCAAACGAAGUCUUGCCUGCUGGUCUUGACAUCGGUAUUCGAGAUGGAAAAAUCGCCACGCUUGGAUUCGAUCUUGCUGCUCGGUCAAACGCCGAAGUCAUAGAUGCGCAAGGUGCCUUCAUCACCCCGGGCGGGAUAGAUUCCCACACGCACAUUCAACAAGAUAGUAUGCCAACCGGCGAUACUUGGGAGACUGCUUCUCGAAGUGCCAUUGCCGGCGGAACCACCACUGUGUUGGCCUUUGCCAGCCAACAACGUCAGGACAGCUCUGUCCUCGAACCUGUGCAAAACUACCAUGCCAAGGCAAAUGACCAAGCGUACUGUGACUACGGGUUUCAUCUUGUCAUGACAAACCCUACCGCCGAAAUCCUCGACAACGAACUGCCCAAACUGGUUGAGGAUGGCAUCACGUCCGUCAAGUUGUACAUGACAUACGAGCCUUACAAGCUCGGCGACAGGCAAUUGCUCGAUGUCAUGCUGACUUGUCGCGAGUUAGGCAUGACCACAAUGAUCCAUGCUGAAAACUCGGACAUGAUCGCCUUGGUAAUCGAGCGUCUUGAACGGAGAGGCAACACAGAUCCGUUUUUUCACGCAAUUGCCAGGCCGCGACUUGCAGAGGACGAGGCGUCAUAUCGAGCUAUCUCAUUAGCUGAACUUGUGGAUGCACCCAUUCUCAUAGUGCACAUGUCUUCUGAGGCGGCUGUUGAGCAUGUCAGGGCAGCCCAAGCGCGGCUGUUACCAGUGCAUGCGGAGACUUGUCCUCAUUAUCUAUUUCUUCUUUCCGAGGAGAUCAAACAGUGUCACCACGGCGAUAAUUCUCAUGGCGCCAAGUUCAUAUGUGCGCCGCCUUUGCGACAUCACGCAUCGGAUCUUGAAGGGCUGUGGCGUGGUCUGGCCAACGGCGCCUUCACCGUCUGGUCCUCAGACCAUGCUGCGUCAAAAUUCGACCACCCAAAGGGCAAAAAAGCAGGCACUGUCGACGGUGUCAUUCGUUUCUCCAAGGUGCCCAAUGGUCUCCCAGGACUUGAAACUAGGAUGCCGCUUUUGUUCAAUCAAUCGGAGGGGUGCUUAACACCCGAGAAGGCACGUAUCACUCUGCCACAAUUCGUCCGACUCACAGCCAGCAAUGCCGCCAGACUAUACGGUAUGGACGAUAGAAAGGGAACUCUGAUGGUAGGGUUCGAUGCAGACCUAGUUAUCUGGUAUCCUCCUGGCGAUCCUAGGGGUAAAGUGACCAUCACACAGGAGCAACUUCAUCACGGCGUUGACUACACGCCUUUUGAAGGCAUCUCUGUCCAAAACUGGCCGAGAUACACCAUUCUCAGAGGAAAGGUGGUGUGGCAGCAUGAUGGAGCCGGCAUCGUCGGAGAAAAGGGGUAUGGAAAGUUCUUGCAUCGCAAUAAGGGAAAGCUAGUCACGGGCAAGAUGGGCCAACAAGGAAGAGGCAUGCUACCUGGAGAACGAGACCUUUGGCUUUAGACGGAGAAACUGUCAUCUCAGUUCUCCCAUCAAUAGUGCGUGAAAGCGAGACCUACCUUUAGCGUUGCAGCUGUGCUUUCGAGGCUUCUAUGCACGCGGAUAGUCGCGGUAAAUCCAAAACCCGAUUUGUUCAGGUGGAUG